AUGAAGCGUAUUGUCUCCUCGGUCUGUUCGAUGUUCAUAUGCCUAUUCUCUAUGGCGAAGGCAAAGCUGCAUUUGUCAGACUUCAGGAGGAGAUCAUCAAGAGUUCCGAUGAUCACACGAUCUUCGCGUGGAACUAUUGUGACAUUGAGCAAGAGAGCCGGUAUACAGUCCUUGCUCCGUCCUCAACCUGCUUUCUCAAAAACGUCGUCCAGUGGACUUGUCCGCGUAACAGUGGGCCAUACACAAUGACAAACCGAGGCCUCCACAUCCAGCUCCCCGUCAUAUAUCGAUCCGGGUCUAAGGAUAGCUGCCUCGCGCUCCUGGAUUGCCACUAUGAGGAUGAUGUCACAGGCGCCUUGGCCCUUCCUCUUACGCCCCGCUCAGACAACACUUUCGAUAUCGAUUAUGAUAUCUCGCGCGGGCGGGUAGUGAGAGUUGACUUGGGGCUAGAAACGAGAGCCACGACUCGAGAUCUCUAUAUCCGAUCACAACCAAACGUCCCCGACCGAGGACCACAACUGACAUGUCAAUUCAACAUCGACCAAGACGAGUCCAGAGCAGCGACUCUGAGCAUAACGGAGUACUACCCAUCGCGAAUCUGGGAAGCUGAAAAUCACAGACUGCGACUAAGCUCCAAUGAUUCGACUUCUCUGGAAACAUGGGCUGCUGUUAGAUUGCAGGAUUCUUCCGGGAGAGCCAUCGGAGUUGUAUUCCACAUCUCACCACAUAGAAGGCCUGAAAGCACACCAACCUUCAAUGUACAUGGUUGGAUCUACAUGCAGACGAUGAAACCCGAAAUGAAUCUUUCGCAAGUAGUCGAUCAGGUCAUCCGUGGCUGCGCCUCGGCUUCAGCUUACGAAUACGGCAACCAUGGAUCUUGUACCCUUACCUUAAGCCGAAGGCAUCACAUGGUUGGGACCAACACUUUUGUCAGUGGGAAUGGCUCAGAGACGCUUAUAAACGUCACUGUCGCUAAUCAGUAUGCGCCUUGUACGUUGCGUCGUGUCUUUGGCGCGACUCCGAAGCCCUCGAAAAAUGCAGAAACGCCGUCAAAGGAAAAGGAUUUGCGACCAAGUAUGUCUACAGAUUAGCAACUAGUGGAUCUUGAGUCCUAUGACGGGAUGUAAGAAAGGUUAUAGGAAGAGAUUCGAGCGCAUGUGUAAUUCAUCAGUAUCUGCUGGAAAUGAUUCCCAGUAUAUGUGCCAGAUCAGACCUUAUUCCUAGGGUAGAAUCUAACAAGUAUCAAAGCAGCCUACAGAAUCAAUAGCUAUCAACCCGCUCCCUGUACACCUCUCCCGUCACAAGACUUGGCUUGCGAUACCCACUCUGCACCACUGCGUUAGCCUGCAGCCGCAAUCCAUCCAACUUGAACGACUUCUCAUCCAUAGCCCAGAUGGUCAGAGCAAGGUAGUUGCUCCCAUUGUAGUUUAGAAUGCCCUCAGGGACGGGAUAGCUAAGCUGUGGGCCGAUGUGAUUGA